AUGGCACUACGCCAGCUGCAUGGCGCAGCUAAGCUACAAGAAGUCACACGGUUGCUGGACUCUCUUGAAGCAGAUUUGCAGACAAAGCAAUUGACACCAGCUCUCCAAUUUUUGCAUGCAGAAACGGUCCAAACUCUCUUGCAGCUCCGACAGCAUGGCACAAACCCCGUUGACGCCGAUCCUAUAUACUCCAGCAAGGGGAUUGGGAUACUUGUCAAAUAUGGCGUAGACGGAGAGUCCCCGGAUGUCUGUCGUGCUGCAUUGCGAUGUGUCGCAAACGCCCUACUCCUUAACGGGAAGAUGCGCCAGGUCUUUGUUGAUACAGGAUACGGAGGGAAACUGGCUGAAAAGCUCAAGGUUGAUAACUCCGAUGACGAAAUGGUUACUAGUCGUAUCCUAUUCUUGUCAACUUAUGAUACGACGAUGGACUUCGAUGACUUGAUCCAGAAUCAUUCCCUUGGAGAGAAUGUCAAUUAUCAACUGAGUCGGCAUGCAAAGCAAUUUCCUAAGACUGGAAGGCGGCCGCUUUCCCAAAUGGAUGAGCUGGCACUUACUGACACGCUGAAAUUGAUCUUUAAUAUUUCCAAGCUGUUUGAUCUAGGUGCCGCAUUCUCCCCAUCUAUACCUCAUAUCCUAAAGAUAAUCAGUCGCAUCGAGAUUCCUGCAAAGCCUUUAGAUGGAUUGACUAGUUAUCUUAUCAACUCACUCUCCGUGCUUGAUCUCCAGGAAAAGAAAAGCAAAAUUUUCGAGGGUAAUCCUUUAUUUCCGACAUUUAAUCAGAACUGCAAUGCCGAUAAGUUGAUCAAUAUCCUUGACCAAGCUGUGUCGGCAUAUCGACCCGAAGACCUUGAAGAGAAAGCUAUUCCAUUACUUCAUUCGCUCAUCAUCAUAUACGACCUUGCCCCGGAGGGACCACGAAAGUACAUGCAAUGGCUACUUCUGCCCGAAAACAAUGAUCGAAGCCAGCCGAUCGGACGUUCCGACACCCUUGCGUCUAAGCUGCUCAAGCUCUCAACGAGUCCAUACGCGAAUCUUAAAACUGGAAUCUCGGAGCUUAUGUUUGUUCUCGCUGAUAAAGAUCCCGAGAAUUUAACAAGAAAAAUCGGCUACGGAUUUGCAGCAGGAUUCUUAGCAUCUCGCGGUCUGGAAAUCCCGCAGAGCGCGAAGGAGGCCUUUGCAAAUGAAGACAGUGGCCUCGAUCCAAACGUAAACCCAAUUACUGGACAGCGAUGGACAUCGGAGCCUAAAGAUACAGGUCCACCCAUGACUAUGGAGGAGAAAGAGAGAGAAGCGGAGAGACUUUUCGUACUCUUUGAAAGAGCGAAAGCAAAUGGUCUUUUGAAUGUGGAGAACCCUGUGACUCAGGCUCUUCAUGAAGGAAGACUAGAGGAAUUGCCAGAUGAUGCUGACAGCGAUUAA